UUGUUUGAUUUCAGACAUGAAAACGGUGCGGGUUUGAGCGCUAACCAUUACAAACCCUACAGGCGGCCUGGUCGCGUAGUCUGGGCCGCUAUCGGUCUGGGGUUUGGCAUUGUAAAGACGACUCCAACACGUAGGAGCAUGGGUCAGAUGGUCCGUUGCAACAGAGUUGACGCGGGAAUCGACUCAGCCGCCCCAUACCAAGCAGUAAUUUAUAGAGAUCUCGCACCCACCUUUGCCGGGCAUCCACGGUUGCAUAAAUUGUUAAAUAUGCCAACUGCAUCGAGGGAAAUGCAAUUACAAUUCAGUUGGAAUAAUAGCGAUUGCUCUCCCAACGUAUUCGUCAAGGAAGAUGAUAAGUUAACGUUCCGCAGAAAUCAUGUAGUAAAUAGCACCGAUUGCAUUAGAGGCAAAGUAGCAUUUACGAAGGGUAUGCACUGUUGGGAGAUAUGUUGGCCUAUGCUUCAACGAGGUAGCGACGCAGUGGUGGGGGUGGCAACAGCAGACGCCCCUCUUCACUCUGUAGGAUAUCAUAGUUUAGUAGGCAGUACCGAUAACUCCUGGGGAUGGGAUCUAGGACGUAAUAAACUCUACCACGAUUCAAGAAACUUCUCUGGGCCGUUAUAUCCUGCGUGGUUAAACCCGGACGAAACCUUCAUGGUGCCAGACAAAUUCUUGGUUGUCUUAGACAUGGACGAGGGCACUUUAAGUUUCGUGGUCAACGGUCAGUCCCUGGGACCUGCAUUUAGAGGCCUAAAGGGCAAGAAGUUGUAUCCUAUUGUCAGCACAGUGUGGGCAAAUUGCGAAAUUUCAAUGAGAUAUAUUGGAGGGUUGGAGCCUGAACCUCUUUCACUGAUGAAUCUGUGUCGAGAUGUGAUAAGAUCAAAUAUAGAAGAAGCUCAGCUGGAGGAAAAAGUGAUGAGUGUUUCAUUACCUCAGGAUCUAAAGAGCCAUCUGUUAUAUCAAGACCGAAGAUUGUGAUCAAAAAUUACACUCCGAUAACAACUCUAAAAAACGUUUCCCACGGUACCUUUUUGUAAAAAAUUCGCAGAACUGUACACUUUGAGCUAAAAAAACUGAUAUUUUUUAACUACAUUUUUAAAAAAUUAAGCACCAAACUUUUGCUAUCGUGUAUUUAGUUGACUCAGCUAACUCCUAGCUCUUGUGACGCAAAUGUUUGGAAAUCAAUCUCGAACGUUCUGCGAGUUUUUCGGUAUGUGUGUUUGUUUCCGCUAUGGUGGGCACGUCCUACAAACAUUUAUAAAGUGUUUCCUAUUGAUCUCGAACGCAAACGUUUUCUCCAUAAUUCAAUUAAUUAAUAAUUAGUCGAUAUGCAUACAGGGUGUCCAACCGGGAACCGCCGCGAUCGAUAUCUGGCAAAACUGUCCAACUUUAAAAUUUCUCCUAAAUACAGUUUGCCAGACAUCCAUCGCGGCGGGUCUAAAUGGGCCUAUAUAGAGAAGGGUACGGGUUAAGUAACGGAUAUGGGAGAAGUGUGCCAGAGCAGUCGGUAAAUUCACACACUGUAUUCGAAUUUUCUGAGAACAAAAAAAAACAAUAGUAGCUGUUUUAUUUUAAUCUUUUAUUGCUACAUAUGUCUUAACAGCUAACGAAAAAUUAAUAUAAAUUUGAGUGGUGGCACUACAAUUGCUUCUUUGACCUUUGAUUAUGGUUAGCUCGUAGCACCUUGUUAGAUUAAAAGCGAACUUCUUGAAAACUCAUGUUAUACUUGUCAUUUGUAGGUUUUAUUAUAAGUAUGUUGUUUGGAUCUUCUAUGUAGGCAAAAGCUGACUUCUGAUAUAUGUUCAUCUUAAUUAUUUGUUUUCACCCACAUCACUGGUUGCAACGGCACUUUCCUAGUCUCUUGGCUGGAAAUCAGCUGGCUUGUUGGUUGAGCGGGAGUUAAAUUAUGUUUACGGUUAAAAAUAAAACAUUACCUAAAAAAUAGCAUGCCAUUUACCAAAGAUAGAGACUGGUGACAAACCAGGCAAACGCAUUUUUAGAUUUUUUAUCUUAACUUCGUGAAUGUUAAAAAUGUUGUUUUUCGUAUUUGAUAAAUUAUUUCUUUCAUUGAAAAUCGUACAGCGGCCACUUUUUAUCAUGUCUAACAAGCUCUCAAGUCGCCGCGAGCCAGUUAUUUCUAUCACAAAAUAAUGUCAGUAAAGAUUUAUUUUUGAAAAUGGAGAAACGUAUACACAUAAUUUCUAGAAUAAUAAAUAAAUACAUAUAUGUAAAUAAAUGUAUGCAUGAAAUGUCGCCUUAUACGAGCGAUUAGUCCGAUGUAAUAAUGGGCAAAAGUGACAAAUUGUUGUAGAUGUAAGAAUUUAUUUUGCGGAAGAAUUUUUCUUUGUAUUUGUUGUAAUCAGCUAUGUUCUGUGCAAUCAUUCCAAGACCCGUGUUCACAAGUGUAUAUGUGCAUUGUGUUUAUGACCUUUUUUUGUAUUAAAUUUAGGGCAAUUUUUCAUGUUUAAUUACUAAGUAAAAUAAUUUGGUGGAUGUUUCUAGAAUAUAAUUUGAUUGGCUGUAGCAAUUUGAAAGUA